GGGGCCGUGGAGGGCGGGGGAGACACCGGGCACGGAGCUGCUGCCGCCGCCGCUGCUCUCCGGCGCCAGGCAGAGGCCAGGCCCUGCUAACUUUGACAGCCUCAGAAGUUGGUGGCAGAGUUGAAUCUCAGACCUCCUAAGAGACUGACCACGUGUGUGUUUUCAGAUGCACCCCCACCUGUGAGCAGCGGAAACCCGGGAAGAAGAGGAAGCUUAAGCCCAGUUCCUGAGAUGCGACGAUGAAGUUUAAGCCUGAUUCCAGAAUCUGAGACGCAGUAGAUGGUGCUGAAGCAACACUGAGGCUCCUCCUGUGAAAUAUCCACAUUCCAGUGUGUAUAUAGAAAGUGCCUGCUGGCUCUUCCAAGUGUUGAUGGUCCUGUGGCUUCAAGAGAUGCAUUCCGGGACGAGAAAACACUGACUGUUAGUUUUAAAAAUGUUAAUAAAUAAUUCUUCAUGUUACUUUUUGGUUCAUCAUUGCUUAUGAAGGUCUUGAGUGUAAACUUACAUCAGUUCUAAAAAUGGGAAGAAUUUUUCUGGAUCAUAUUGGUGGCACUCGCCUGUUCUCCUGUGCAAACUGCGACACGAUCCUGACCAACCGCUCCGAACUCAUCUCCACUCGUUUCACCGGCGCCACAGGAAGAGCCUUUCUUUUUAACAAGGUGGUAAAUCUGCAAUACAGUGAAGUUCAGGAUCGGGUCAUGCUCACUGGCCGCCACAUGGUUCGAGAUGUGAGCUGCAAGAACUGCAACAGCAAACUGGGUUGGAUCUAUGAAUUUGCCACUGAAGACAGCCAGCGCUACAAGGAGGGCCGGGUCAUCCUGGAAAGAGCAUUGGUCCGAGAGAGCGAAGGAUUUGAGGAGCAUGUUCCAUCUGACAAUUCCUGAAGAGACCUGGGUCUCUUCUCAGGUUCUCUUCAAUUGAAACUCAAGUAUAAUAAAAUCAACAAAAAAAUCUGCUUACAUACACUGUCACCUUAGCAUCAGAGUCGGAUUCAUGGACUACAGAGUGGGAAAGAUUGUGAGAGUAUUUCAGAUGGAACCUUCCUUUCUUUAUUCCGUUUAUAUUUUACUUUCCCUCCAGCAGCUGUUUGUAGAAAGAAUGUUGUGCAGAUGCUGUAACUUUUUCUCUCUUUCAUUUGAGAUUGUAUCUACAGAUACAGUGGGCUAAAAGGAAAAUAUUUGGGGGAUUUGUCUUUCGUUAGAGAGAAAUUCAAUGAGUUUUUUUUUUUAGUUUGCACAAACUGAUGUCAGCAUCGAAUUAUUUUAAAACUUAAGAUUUUUUUUUAAAAAGUAUAUUCCAAUUUAUGGCUUAAGUUUUUAGUUAGGUUUUUUUGGGUUUUUUACCCAGUCUUUUCAACUGGUUUGCUAGCUAAAGUAAAGAGAUCCGAAUUUGUGCUGAGUGCUAAAGGUUCAGUGUUGGUACGGCUUGGGCUGGCCCAUGUGCCAUAUUCUUGUUGAGGUUGAUUGGUAGCACAGAGCCCAUUAUUUCUUGUCAUUCUUGACCCAAAGAUGUCUCCAUUCCUCGUUUAUUUGUGAAGUCCCAUUCACCAUGUAAACUGGUGUUGAUUGGAAACUAUUCUUGAAAUAGGGAAAAACUGCUUGGCUUUUUUUAACUUUAACUGAUGUAACUUAUGAGCAUAGUAAUAAUAUAAAAUAAUAGCUGUCUGUUUAGUCUUGCGUUGCUUACAAAUCCAGCUGUGUUUGUAAUGAUAGGGAUCCACUGAGAAACUACUGUUUCAGUAGUGAUUUUUUUUUCAUUUUCUCUACUAAUCUUAUUAAGUAGACAGGGAAUUGCAAAUCUUAAUUCUUCUUCGAGUAGCUUUCUUUAAACCCAGAACUUCCUAUGUUAAACACAGCUGCUGUGUAAAAGGAGAAGAUUGCCAGCAUGUUUGUUCAUGCCUAGAGUUAUGCAAUCCGCAUCUCUUGAAAAGAUUAACUUAAACAGCUUGUUUUCAAAUGCUGCUUCUGGUGUUGAAACCUUUAUCUUUCAACUUUGUUGAACCUUUUCGUUGUGUUGUUACAUUUUUAUCUUUCUGGGCAGCAGUACAUGUCAGCCUGGUAGUAACUAGUGACUUGGAUUCCUGCUUUGUUCUUGUAGAGGUCAGCUCUGUUUAAAACAGUGAUCUUGCUUGCCUUUUUAGCAAAAAUGCUCUUCAGUAACUUAACUCAAGGGUGCCCAAACACUUUCUUUGUGUCUUAAGCCAUAAGUUAAGAUCUCAAGGGCUGAAAUUUAUUUGAAUGUUAGAUAUGUAUGAUUUCUUAUCCAAGAUACAAGUUAGUUGUGUUUUUUUUCUUAUUGGAUAAAUGGUGGUCAACAUGAAAUAAGUUACCCACAGACAUAGAAAAAGGAGGGGGGGGGAACCCCACCCAACCAAGCAGGUCUGGGCUCUGACAUUUCAGAAUAACUUUUCUUCCCUAGCCACUGCUCCAUAUCUGAAACUAAAAUGGGGAGGGUGACUAUGCAGAGUAUUUUUCUUAAUUUUUUAGUUGCCAAGUGGCAAUUUGGACACCCCUGACUUGAAUCUACUGCCUCUUUCAUGUAAAAGUAACUUUAUUAUAGAAUUGUCACAUAGAAAGAAAAGAGUAGAUCACAUACCAGAGCUGUGCUUGAAUCAAGCUGCUUAAACAAUAGUGUACUUGUGCCUCAAAUGAAUCAGUUUUUGCACUGAGUGCAGUAGUACCCCAUUAUCUUGUACUCCUGUCCUUCACAGACCCUAAAAGCGCCAUUAGCAUGGUUCUCUGCAGUACUUUUCUUGUACUUCUGACAUUACAGUACAAUAAAGUAUGUUUUGUCCUGAACUGA